AUGGCCUACCAUGCUCUGUCGGAACUGAAACCCGGAGUGAAGAACUGGAAUGUCUGCGUUCAUGUCUCCCACCUCUGGGAAUACCGCGGUGGCACCGACACUGGUCCGGUGCAACAUGUAGAUAUGGUUCUGGUCAAUAACAAGGGAAAUGCUAUGUACGCUGAGAUAGGAAAGGAUGACUUGGAGCAUAAAGCUCCGCUAUUGGCUGACGGCAACACAUACACUCUGACCAGAUUCAUGGUGUCGCUUGCCACACUAUUGUGGAAGCAGUGGCUGACAUCCAAGAUGGCUUUCUGGAGUUCGUGUACGACCCUAUUCCGUUUCUGGACCUCGCAGCCUAUGUGGGAGAGAACAAGCGCUUUAUAUUGUUGGGUCAUAGUGAGUGUCUCUGCUGCUGCAUUUCUCUGCAUUGCGCGCCAGCCAACUCUGACCACCAAACGCACUAUAGUCCUGGAAGACCACUUUUAUUUCAUUUUCUCUGUUCUUGAGGUUUAUAUAUGGUUCAAACUUCAAACAUAUUAAUUAAUCAACUCCAUUGAGGUGGCACUGAGAAAAUGAUUUA